GGGGUGACUGGUGUGCAAUGCACGAGUGUGAUCGGUGUGCAUUGCACGGAAGAUGAGGUGUACAGGGGCCAGGAGGAUGAUUGUACAGUGCAAAGGAUAACUGAGUGUGCAAUGCACGGGGAUGACUGGGUGUGUAGUGUAUGGGGGAUGGGCGUGCAAUGCACGGGGGAGGGUAGAGAGAUGGUGGUGAUGGAGGGUGUGAUGAUGGUGGCAUGGGAGGGGGGUGAGCAGGAACCAGACCAGCUGCUUCUGGGGGUGAGAUGCUUGAAUCCAGCAGCCGCCCUAGGCACUGCCCUGCCCUCGCUCCCUCAUCCCCAGCCUGGGUACUGCUGCCCCCUCUCCCUAGUCGCCUCCAUCCCUUCCCUGGACCCUCCUUCCCCAGGGGCUGAGAAGGAUCCCGAGCAUCCAUGCAGAUCUCAGUCUCCAUGGCAACCCUAUGCAGGAGCUCCCAGGGCUGGAUGCCAGGCAGCAGCCCUGGCCCAGUCCGGCUGCUGUCUCUGCCCUGCCCCCUUCUCCCCCUGCCCCUCCCUUCACCAUCUCCCCUCCUCCUCCCCCCUCGCUUUGUGUCAGCUGCGCCCCUUCUCCGGAGGCAGACAUGGCAUCCAAGAGAUGCAGCAAGACCAGCAUGAAGAACAUGGAGCGGGAGCUGAUCUGCCCUGUCUGCAAGGAGAUGUACAAGCAGCCACUGGCCCUGCCCUGCAUGCACAACGUCUGCCACAUCUGUGCCAGUGAGAUCCUCGUGCAGCAUGGCUAUAUCUGCUGCGACCCCAGUUCGGAGCCCACCUCUCCUGCCUCCACGCCGGCCACCCGCAGCCCCCGCAUGGGCCGCAGGGUCAUCCCCAAACCCGACCGCCUGGAUCGGCUCCUCAAGUCAGGAUUUGGCACCUACCCGGGCCGGAAGCGGGGGGGCGUGCACCCCCAGACCGUCAGCUUCCCGUGCCCGGCCUGCCAGCGGGACGUGGACCUGGGUGAGCGGGGCCUGGGCAAUCUGUUCCGGAACCUGACGCUGGAGCGGAUCGUGGAGCGGUACCGCCAGACCAUCAACAUCAGCACCGCCAUCAUGUGCCAGUUCUGCAAACCCCCCCAGCUGGAGGCUACCAAGGGCUGCACCGAGUGCAAGUCGAGCUUCUGCAACGAGUGCUUCAAACUCUACCACCCCUGGGGCACCCAGAAGGCCCAGCACGAGCCCACGCCGCCCACCCUCACCUUCCGGCCCAAGGGUCUGAUGUGUCCGGAGCACAAGGAGGAGGUGACUCACUACUGCAAGACCUGCCAGCGGCUGGUGUGCCAGUUGUGCCGUGUACGCCGUGCUCACGCCAGCCACAAGGUCACACCUGUGCUCAGUGCCUACCAGGCACUGCGGGAGAAGCUGACGAAGAGCCUCGCCUACAUCCUGAGCAGCCAGGACACAGUGCAGUUGCAAAUCGCGGAGCUGGAGGAGACAGUGAAGCACACUGAGGUGAAUGGGUCCCAGGCCAAGGAGGAGGUUUCCCAGCUGAUACGGGGCCUGUGCACGGUGCUGGAGGAGAAGCAGGCGGCCCUGCUGCAGGCCAUCCAGGAGUCCCAGCAGGAGCGGCUGGCCAGCCUGCACCACCAGGUCCAGGAGCACCGGGCCAUGCUGGAGAACUCGGGCAUGGUGGGCUAUGCCCAGGAGGUGCUGAAGGAGACUGACCACCCCUGCUUUGUCCAGGCAGCCAAGCAGCUGCACAGCAGGAUCGUCAGGGCCACAGACUCGCUGCAGAGCUUCCGGCCUGCCGCUACUUCGUCCUUCAGCCGCUUCCAGCUGGACCUCAGCCGAGAGAUGAAGCUGCUCACGGACCUGACCUUUAUCAAAGCCCCCGAGGCGCCGGUGAUCGACACGCAGCGCACCUACGCCUACGACCAGAUCUUCCUGUGCUGGCGCCUGCCCCAGCACUCGCCGCCUGCCUGGCACUUCACCGUGGAGUACCGCAAGAGCGACACCAAGGCCAAGGCGCUCAAGCUGUGGCAGCGGCGCGAGGAGGUGCGGGGCACCAGCGCCCUUGUGGAGUACCUGGACACGGACAGCGUCUACGUGCUGAGAGUCAAGGGCUGCAACAAGGCCGGCUUCGGGGAGUACAGCGAAGAUAUCUACCUGCACACGCCGCCCGCACCAGUCCUGAACUUCUUCCUCGACAACCGCUGGGGCUUCAACCGGGAGCGCCUGGCCAUCAGCAAGGACCAGCGGGCCGUGCGCAGCGUGCCCGGCCUGCCCAUGCUCUUCGCCGCCGAGCGCCUCAUGAGCAGCUGCCACCUCUCCAUCGACCUGCUCAUCGGCGACGUGGCCGUCACGCAGGGCCGGAGCUACUGGGCCUGCUGCGUGGACCCCAGCUCCUACCUGGUCAAGGUGGGGGUGGGGCUGGAGAGCAAGCUGCAGGAGUGGUUCCAGGUGCCGCAGGACGUGGUGAGCCCCAGGUACGACCCAGACAGCGGGCACGACAGCGGGGCGGAGGACGCCACCGUGGACGCGCCCCCCCCAUACGCCUUCCUGACCAUCGGCAUGGGCAAGAUCCUGCUGUCCCACGGCUCGGCCCUCACCUCCCGCGACCCCAGCGGCUGCACCAUCCCCCUGCCCCCCCGCAUCGGCAUCUGCCUGGACUACGAGCGGGGCAAGGUGACCUUCUACGACGCCGUCUCCUUCCGCGGCCUGUGGGAGUGCGGCGUGGACUGCUCGGGCCCCGUCUGCCCGGCCUUCUGCUUCAUCGGGGGCGGGGCCCUGCAGCUGCAGGAGCUGGUGGCCAGCAAGCAGGAGCGCAAAGUGACCAUCGGGGGCCUCUCCAAGCUGGACUGAGCCGGCCCCUGGCACACACCGCCUGGGGCUCGACCUCGGGCCAGCUGCCGGCAGUGGGAUUGUGUGCUGCGGACAUGCCGCCAGGGGGAGCCGCCUGAGCCCUGCCCUCCGACCGGCGAGGGACCAGCUCUGGGGAGCGCUGAGCUCCAGCCUGCGGGGUUAACGAGGGGGCCACAGAGCUGGGGAGGAGAGCGAGGCUCUGACCUGGGGCCGGUUUAGGGCCUCAGUCCCCAGGCCCGGAGCGCAGGCUGCAGUGACAGCAGAAGGGCGGCGUAGGGCAGACCCCUGCCAGCGUGGGACCCAGCCCUGAGCUGAGGCCUCGGGAGCCAGGAGAGCCCGGCUCUGCUCCCCCGCGUCUCCAUGCUGGGCUUGUGAAUCCUUCCUGUUCUGUUGGAUUGUGGGGGGAGGGUUUGGGCCACACUGCUCCUUCGGUUCCCCCCCCCAGCUCCUCCCCACAGCCUGCCAACGUUUCACCUGGGAGUCUGAGCUGUGUGUGCUGAGGGCACCGGGCAGAGCCUGGGCCGGUGUCACGUUCCUGAGAUCCUCCCUCCACAUGGACCAGGGAGCAGCAGCCAGCCGCUGUGCCUGGGCCUGAGAGGGGGAGCUGGGGAGCUGCCUGAGCCUGCGGCGGGGGCAGGCUGGGCCCUGGGCUGGGGGAGGUUGGGCUGGGUGGGGCAGAGGGUGUUUUAAAGGCUAAUCGUUGACCCAGCCAGUCCAGCUGCUGCCCAGAGCCAGGGCUCAUCCUGCUGCUCCCUCAGCACGGCUCUGCAGGGGUAGUGGGAAAGGGAGAUGGCAGAGGGGUGCAGAGAGCCCCUCAGGCUGCAGAACGAAGCUCCCUCCCCAGGCUGGGGCCUGCUGGAAACAUCUCAUCAUGUGCACGGGAGGAUGGAAGAGCACAGAGGGGUCUCACCCUGACCCCCAGGCUCCCAAGCCCUGCCCUGCUGCACCUGUCCCGUGAUACCCCUACGGCACCAGCAUGAAAUGCGCCCGGCGCCUCCCUGCCCGCUGUGCCAGCAUCCUGCACACACCUCCUUCCCGGGGGGCGGGGGGAGCCUAGUGCAGCUUCACCUCCACAAACAGCAAAGCGCCAAGGAGCAAAUCCACCGACUUUUAUCCUUCCGCAGCCUGUGCCAUGGGCAGGGGGCAGGCGUUGGGCUGGCUGGGGCUGGCAGGGCCGAGGCCUCUCAGGGCCUGGGCUCCGGCACUGGGAGCUCCCAGAGUCUCUGGGGUCUCGUGGGGUCUGUCCUGUGCAAUCGCUGUAUUUUCAUGGUUUCCUACAAUAAACUGCAGUGCCAGAGACUCCAGGAGCAGCAGUUCUCACCGGGCUGUGCCACCCCCACUGCUGGGCAUCCAGGCUCGCUCAGGCUGGUUAUACACAUCUGGGCCCGUCUCCCUCGUACAAAUCUUUGGCCUUUGUAUAGCACCUUCCA